AUGGGGUUACAGACACGCUCGGCAAUGGCGCAGAGCCUUGAUUCCAGGCCGACCGUGGAAGAUUUUCGUGAAGACAGCUCAUGGGUGAAGCUGGCCAAAUCCCACUGGCUAGACACAUCGAAGGUCCGCAAAGUCAAGCAGGAUGUCAUCAAGAAGGAUAUAUGGGAUCCUUUGGAGGCUGAGGGAUUCAACCUUCGAUCGCUCUUGACGCUAGAGAAUCUCAACAUUUUGGAAAAGUUCCUUUGGCCGACAUACACGGAAGAUGCAUCCAAUUACCAUGUGAUGUUGAUAGCAUUGAUUGUAAGCAUCAAGCAACGGGAGCAUCUACCAAUAUGGGGAAUCUUUUCCGACCGAUCGGAUGAAUUCUCGAACCUCUUUCAUCGGAUUCUUUCCAUGAGUAUCGACAAUUCGCUCGCUACUUCUUCCCGAUUAUCCAUAAUUUCCUUUAUCAUAAGCGGAUUUCAAUCCCUUGAGAACGUCUUGAUCCGGAAAGAAUGUGCACCUCUCGUUUCCAUCUCAAUCUGGCACAAUCUUGCAAGCGACGAAACAAGAGAGCGGAUACUUGUGAAGGGCCCAACAUUGAAGAAGGCAUGGAGGGCCGCCGGAAAACGAUAUGACGCAGGAGACGAGGCGGCCAAGGCCAAGAUGCGGUUUGAACGGUCAUGGCUGUAUACUAUGCUUCUUGACUUCAUGCGGAAGUUAAAUGGGCCGGAGAAAGACCAAGUCGACAAUCUGCGGUAUUGCGAACGGUUCCUUGAACUGCUGGUUGACUUGGAAAGCCAGCUUCCCACCAGACGCUACGUCAACACAUUGAUAAAGGAUCUCAACCUUUUGCCCGUGAUUCGACUCUCUCAAUUGUAUCGCUCUCCCGAGAAUGCACUCUUCCGCGACUUCUAUAACCUUCUGAAGCAUUUCUCCAACUUUGCGAUCAAUGAUUAUACCGGUGAAGCGCUUUCUCCUCAAGCGGUGUACGAAAUUCAUUGUCAGGAACUUGCACAUCUGCAGCGAACUUCGAUGAAACACUACAAGGACAAGUUGAUGAUCUUGGCACUCUCAAACUACGGCUCGAUCGAGCAACGCUCAGAAUUGGAAGGGCAAUUGUCUUCUUUGGAGGAAUCUGAGCUUCAAAACCUGUGUUCUCACCUUGGAUUCAGAACAAACUACCCAAAGCAGUCUCAGGUCACUCCGGAUCGGCAUCUGUAUCUGGAAGUACUCUUAUCAUUCUACGAGCGGAGACUCUCUUUCCAAGAGGCUGCAUCGCAUCUGAGCAUUGUCCCUACGGAGGAAAAUCUUUAUGACCCUGCAUUGUUGCGAAAUGAAACAUAUGAUGGAUCAAGGCCGCUUGCAAUCCCGAAAUUGAAUCUCCAAUAUCUGACUCUUGGUGAUUUUCUCUGGCGCUCAUUUUUGCUGUACCGCUCUGAAGCAUUUUUCCAGAUUCGUAAAGAUAUGGAAUCGGUUGUUAAGCGAAUGCAGCCACGAGGAAGUCGAGAUGGCAAGACUCUGACCUUUGAAGGUUUCUCCCGAAUGGCUAUUCCAAUCUCCAAGCCCGCCAUCAUUGAAGUCGCACCACCAAAAGUCGGCUCAGCAAAGCCAGCUUUCGUAAGGGCCGAGAUAGCUAUCGAAGUGGGAAGAUUGGCAGAUCACAUUCGAAGGGAAUGGGAGUCCUUACGCCCUGAUGAUGUUGUCUAUCUCUUGACUGUACAGCAGCCUGGUACCUCAACAAAACUUGGGCAUCAAGAUUCUAGUUCAACAGAGACUCCUACUUUAACGCAUCUUAGGACUGCAGAAGUUGUACAAGUACUUGAUGAACAAGGUCGCCCACUACGCGAGCCUGCCUCGGGCGAGACGAACGGCUAUAGGUCUAGGCCGCGCAUCAGAAGAUUAUUGCUCAACCUAGACUCGGCCGCUUUCAAGGCAGAUAAAGAUCGAAGCUUGCAGGGCAAGCAGGACAUCUACCCGUUGAUAAAUGUGAUUGCGAGAAGGAAAGGCAGAGAAAAUAACUUCAAGUCUAUCCUUGAAACUAUGCAGAGACUCAUCGUCUCUGACAUUGCCCUUCCCUCGUGGAUUCAGGAUAUCUUCUUGGGAUAUGGUGACCCCUCAGGCGCUCGGUAUACAGAACUGCCAAAUAGGCUCAAAUCAGUUGACUUCCGAGAUACCUUCUUAGAUUGGCAGCACUUAGUGGAGAGUUUCCCUGGGUCUACCAUUGAGCCUUCAGGAAAUGCUGAUUCGAGUUUCGGGCGUCCAUAUGUGCUUGAAUAUGUUGAUAAUGAACAGAAAGCACCGCCUACAACUCAAUCUAAAAAACGGCGAAGAGAUCAGGUUGAGAAGGUGCAGCAAGGACCCAGCUCGCUGCAUGUGUCAACCUACAAACCGCCAAACCCAGGACCUUAUCCAGUGGAUGCCCCAAAACUUAAUACUGUCCGCUUCACUCCAGCUCAGGUGGAGGCCAUCGCGUCCGGAACGCAACCCGGGUUAACCGUAGUCGUUGGGCCCCCAGGCACAGGAAAGACUGAUGUUGCAACUCAGAUCAUCAACAAUAUAUACCACAACUUCCCAAAUGAGCGCACACUGCUUAUUGCCCACAGUAACCAGGCUCUGAAUCAACUUUUCCAAAAGAUCGUCGCUUUGGAUAUUGACGAACGCCACCUUUUGCGACUUGGUCACGGUGAAGAGGAAUUGGAAACUGAGUCAAACUACAGCAAGCACGGCCGAGUUGAAUCAUUCCUUGACAAUCGUAACCAGUUCCUUUCAGAAGUCAUGCGGUUAGCGGCAUCAAUUGGGGCGCAGGGUGCACACGGAAACUCAUGCGAGACCGCUGGAUAUUUCAACACGGUUUAUAUCCAGCCUGCGUGGGCGAAGUUCUGGGACCAAGCUCGCGCUGAAAAUGCUUCUAACGAAGAUAUCAUUGCGGCUUUUCCAUUUCACUCUUAUUUCGCAAACGCGCCUCAGCCCAUAUUUGAUUCUGCAGCACCUAAAGAAACAGUUCUGGAUAUAGCAGAGGGUUGCCAAAGACAUGUUGAGAAAAUCUUUUCUGAACUGGAAGAUAUUCGUCCAUUCGAAAUUCUGAGACUACCUCGAGACAAGGCAAACUACCUUCUCGUGAAAGAGGCCAGACUAAUUGCAAUGACAUCGACACAUGCCGCGAUGCGCCGCCAGGAAAUUGCUGAUCUUGGUUUUCAUUAUGAUAACGUGGUGAUGGAAGAAGCAGCACAGAUUACAGAAAUCGAAAGCUUCAUUCCAUCUGCUCUUCAAAACAUGAAGAACGGUGCACUACCUCUGAAACGGGUGGUUCUCUGCGGAGACCACCUUCAGAACUCCCCUAUUAUCCAGAAUCUUGCUUUCCGACAAUACGCUCACUUCGAGCAAAGCCUUUUCCUUCGCCUGGUGAGAUUGGGCGUUCCUGUCAUCACGCUUGACCAGCAAGGGCGAUCAAGGCCCAGCAUCGCAGAACUCUUCAGGUGGCGUUAUAAGCAGCUUGGAGAUUUGCCGGCGGUGCAAUCGGCCCAGGAAUUCAGGCAGGCCAAUUCCGGUUUCCAAUUCGACUACCAGUUCAUCAAUGUCCCCGACUAUCAAGGCGUGGGCGAGAGAGAGCCUACCCCUCACUUUAUCCAAAAUCUGGGUGAGGCGGAAUAUACUGUUGCUCUGUACCAGUAUAUGCGACUUCUUGGCUACCCGGCAUCGAAGGUAUCCAUUCUUGCGACCUACGCGGGACAAAUGACGUUGAUUAAGGAUGUUUUGAAUCACCGCUGUGCCAAGAAUGCAUUGUUCGGCAUGCCCAAGAUCGUGACGACAGUGGAUAAGUACCAAGGCGAACAAAAUGACUAUGUCCUUCUUUCGCUCACACGAACCCGCACAGUCGGCUACUUGCGCGAUGUCCGUCGUCUUACUGUUGCACUUUCCCGCGCCCGUCUUGGUCUAUACAUUUUGGGUCGCCGCGUGGUGUUCGAGUCAUGCUAUGAACUUAAGCCUGCAUUUGACCUUCUAUUCCAGCGCCCUGACAAACUCAUGCUUGCUCCUGGCGAGAUGUUCCCAACCACCCGAUCGCUGGACGAUGAGAUCCAAGGCACUCCGAUGGAGGGGGUCGAGCAUCUUGGGCAGUAUGUGUACGAGAUGACCCAAGCCAAGCUCAAGGCUAUGGGUGAGGAGGACAUUGUGGUGGAAGAUGCAAUGAUCGAUGAUGGCGAUGGCGGCCUCGUGGACGAGGAUGAAGACAUGCUUGGAGCUGGCGACGAAGCAGACGGCGAUCCGUUGCACGAGGAUGUACUGUGA